AUGGCAGGACUGGGGAUCGACUUUGGGUCGCUGGGUGAUCCAGCAGUGCCUGAUGCACCACAGAGUGCGCCCAGGUCCACACGCCGCCAUGCGCACCUAUCGCGUGGUCGCACAACGAGCCGGACACACGGCGAGCGCGCCAAGGCGCGUCUUCCCUGUGCUCCGUUGCGAGAGAACAGGAGCGUGACCAACACACACUACGUCAAGCCGCUCGCGAGCGCGCCCGUCCAGCACCUGUUGCCGCCGAAGCCGACUGCGUGUAUCGUUUCGCCAGCGCAGGAGGAUGUGCAGCAUGCGCAUGUGAUGCUUCGCGCGGACACACCGAGCGACGGCGCUUCGCCGCGCAGUGAUAUCUCGGUGCACGGCGUGCAGAAAGCCUUGACGCCGCUCACGAUCACACAUGCGGAAACCGCCGCGCCAUUCCUGCCGGCUGCGCUCCAGUGGCAGGAGCCGCGCGUGGCGCCCGAGCUGCCUAGCAAGCCCCAGACGACGCCGAUGCUGCCGCUGGAGCGCGACGGGCGCGUGGGCAUCGAGAUCUUUUUGGAAGAAAAGACGGCAGUCGAGGGGGGAUGCUUGCAGGGCUGUAUCCGCUUGCAACUGCCCAAGCACACGAGCCCUGAUACAGCUAUGCUCCUUGCGCAGCCGCGUGUGCGCCUGAUCGGAUUCGAGACGCUCCCUGGAGAGGACGUCCGCCAUGUAUUUUACCACCACGCCUCGGUCAUUGACGGUGACCGGAGCGUCGACGGCCCAUCGGAGCCGUACGUGCUGCACGGCUCGCCAGCCGUGUCGCAGCCAGAGGAUGCCGACGGAUUCUACCUCGGCAAGGAGGGCACGCACGUCCUCCCUUUCACGCUGCAGCUGCCGAUGGCGCGCGGCGUAAAAGGCAGCUACCGGAGCGAAAACGCCGAGGUGGGUUACAUUGCCAUCGCCUCGGUGCGCGUGCGCUCGUUUGCAGAGCAGCAGGGCGGCAUCGCGCAUUGCUUCCAAAAGAUGCAGCUUUAUCCCUAUUUGAACCCCACCGAGGUGCUUGCGAGCGCGAUGCGCCCGAUCGUCGAGCAGGCGGUGCAUACGACGCCGAACGGUGAGUCGGUGCGCCUCGCUGCGGCGCUGCACCGGGAGACGUGGGUCGCGGGCCAGCGCGUGUAUUUUGACAUGAGUGUGCUGAACCGCAUGCGGGAUACGAUGCACCACCUGCACGUCUCGCUCCUCUGCACCGAGACCCUGUAUCGCGCACGCGGCGACGCGAGCGACGGCGACUACAGCGCAGCGUCGUCUACGCGUACGCUCCUUCAAGAGACGCUCGAUGCGAGCGCCGACCGCCCGGCCGGGCACUGGUGGUCCGGCGUGCGCCCUGGCGCGCCGGUGCACUUUGGGCACUCGGUCGUGCUGCCGAGCGACGCGCUGACCAUUGACAAGAGCCGGCAUGUCGAGGUGUGCUACAAGCUCCGCCUCGGUGUGGGCAGCGGCGCCUCGCCGAUCGUGCUGGUCGAGCUUCCGGUGCGCAUCGUGCAUUUUGUCUCGCUCGAUCCUCCGCCGAUGAAGCGCAGCUUUGCUGGCGCGGGUCUGCUGGACCACGCGCUGGGCAUGGUGCCGGACCAAGGCCAGAUGGUCGAGCGUGUGCGGUCGAUGGAGGCGCUGCGCAGCCCGCGCGCCUUUAUGUCGGCCUCGGGCCACCUGCUGCCGUCGCCCGCUGCGGCUGCGCCGCCGUCGACGCGUGCCGCGCAGCACCAUCGCUCGCUGGACUUUAUCAACAGUGCAAUCCGCAGUGCGACUGCGCGCCGCAGUUCACCGUACGCACCAAGUGCGACCGAGACGCCGCCUGCUGGCCUCGGCAUCGAGCUGGGCUCGCAAAUGGCGCCGAGUAUCCGCCCCCGUGCGUCGUGGUACCACGACCGUCGGCGGAACGAUUUGUCGCUUUCGGACGACAGCGAGGCGCUGCGCCCCCCUAUGGAAGAUACGUCGCUCGAGCUGGGCGACGAGACCAACGACGAUGUCGUCCUCGUCUUUGACCACACCAAAGCGCCUGCGAAGCCGCGGCCGGAUACCACGGUGGACACGGAAGGAGGAUCGACCAUGUGCCACGACAUUCUCGAUGCGUAUGGCGACUCGAGCCAUGACACGAGCACCACCAUCUCGUUUGUGCUACCUGCACAGAGCAGCACGCCCCGCAAAGCUGCGACGCCGCCGCCGGACGUGGGCGCGGUGGACGCGCCCGAUACACCGACGCGCCCCAAGCCCCCUACUUCGGCCCCCCGCGACGCAUCGCGCACGCGCAAUGCAUUCACCUUUGCCACCAGCUCCUCGCCGCUCAAGGUCAAGACCGGGGCAAAAUCCACACGCCCUGUGACGCCUCUCCAAGGCCCGACGCUGUCGCGUGCACGCACGGGGAUCAUGAACACACCGGGCGGCCUGCGCCUCGCGUUCUCUACACCCAUUGCAGAGAGCGCCGCGGCGCCGCCCAAGAUGGCGCAGGUCGUGGUCCAGCCGGGGCCCGUGAGCGACUCGGCGCAGUAUCUACCCAAGAUCGGCGGACUGCUGGACGAUCUUGCGCAGCUGGCGGCAAGCGCGCGUGCUCUAUUUCAUGGAGGACAGUACGACAAGUGCAACGAGAACCUGACCGAGGUCAAGGCGCGCCUCAAGGCGAUCGGCGAUGUUGGCGUCGAGAGUUUGGCCACCGCCGUGGACUACCAACAAAAGGUGCAGUCACACGACGGAGCGCGUACCCCGCAACGCACAAACUCGUUCGAGGCGCAACAGAAUACGGACCCGGCACUGUCCCCGGACAAGGAGCAGCGCCUAUACUCGGCCGCGCUCUUUUCCGCGAUUCAGACGAGCCCGGGCCGCCGCAAGCGGCCGAUCUCGACGGACGUGCUCGAUUUGCCAGCCAAGGCACUGCGUGGUGACCUGACAGGAGCACAAAGCGUGCUGCAGCAGACGCCCGAGUACGCGCAGCACAGCCGCUCGCGCCAGAACUCGAACGAUCCCACGCAGCAAAUCUUCACGCCUGUCCACCAGUCGCCCAUCUUUGACUUCCACGGCUUACAGCAGCAGCAGCAGCAGCAGCAGCAGCAGCAGCAGCAGCAAACGUCACAGCAAAAUCCGAUGAACCUGUCGUCGACCCCGGCCACCAACACGCACCCCCCUUUCUUUGCGGAUGCGGCGGUGCUGAUGGGCAACGGCGCAGAAGACACGUCGCGAGAUCACCCGGCCAUCGUGACGGGCGAGCCGCAGCACACACUCAUGCCGGCGCCGACCAUGACACGCGGCCGUGGCGAAUCGGUGACGGCGCCGCACGCGCCGUUUGCCAACGUGCCGGCCGAGGGCGGCACGCACGGACUCGCGAUCCAAGCGGAUCCUCUGCACUCUGCGCUGGAGCAGCAUGGGUACAGUGCGAGCAUGAGCGAUGCACCGGCCGAGGCACACAGCUCGAUGCUCCCUACGCCGCUCGAAGGUACGGCGGACGAGAAUGCGCUGCAGGGCAUGGUCGGGACAGACCCCAACAAUGUCGACGAGUCCUGGGAGAGCAUUGGGCAGCUCGACAAGAGUGGAAUCAACGAGUUGCCGCCCGAGCUGCGCAAGCGCCUCGACGAGGCCUUCCACGAGUUCCUCAACUCGCUCUGCUCCAACUUGGAUGCGACGGAUGACCGCGGCGAGCCGAUCCACCAGACGCUCAUGCCCAAGAAGAUGGCGCGGCUCGACGAGUCGCCCGACUUCCGGCCGUUCAAGUUCCGUAUUCAAGCUUUUACGAAUGCGUUCCAGAGCGAGCUUGUGGCCCGCGGUAUCCACGAGAAUAUCUGCUCGAUCAAAAAGAUCAAGCAGUACCUCUGGACACAGCCCUACAUCUCCCGCUUCAACGAGGACGGGAAAAAGGCCAAGUCGAAAGGCAACCACAUCUGGAAUAUUGAGGCGAAGAAGCUCCCCGAAGGCGGCUGGGUCUUUAGGACCUUUUCGCCAAAGAUUACCGGUGCCUCGAGCAAGGUUGCUCAUGUCAAUGAGCGUUGGACAUGGAACCUGAGGAUUUGGGAUCCCCAGGCGUCCUCGAGCAGCAUCAAGGUGGUGUACUCGGCCAACAACCUACCGUCCUGGAUUCAUUGGGAGGAUAAUGAAAAGGUGCUCACUGGUAUUCCCCAGAGCACGACGCAGAGCGGCGAGGUGAGUGUCACUGCGCUCUACGUACACCUCGGCCAGCUGCAUCGCCUGGAGCACUCGUUCUUUUUGCAGGUGCUUCCCCAGGAGGCAUUUGCUUCUGGUCAGCCCGACGAUCCGCGCGGUACGGAUCAGGGCGUGCGCCGCCUGGAGCAGCAAGAGCGCACGGCCAACGCCGAGAACAACGAUGCAUCGAUGCACAUGAUGCCGACGUCGUCGGCGCCCAACAAUGGCAUGCUCAACCUGCCCAUGCCGGGCUCAGGCAUGAGCCAGGCUGAAACGCCGUUCGAGCGCGAAUCGAUUAAGUAUGAAGUGGUCGAGCCGUCGCGUGCUCCCGAUGUCCUUUCCUCCAUUCCAUUCCCCUUUACGCCGCCAGUAUAUAUGGACAAGCGGCUCCAACGCAUGGGUCUUGACCAAGGCAUUCUCGCCCACGCCCACACGCCCGAUGCCAUGUCGGCAAGCCAACCUACGUACGGGCUGCCGGGCAGUAAUCUGUACCCUGGGCAAAACGGCCACUCGAUGCCUCAGCCCUCGCCCAUGCAUCAGACAGCGGUGUUUGUGGGUGGAAAUGCUUCGUUGGACAAGACCACGACGCCUGCUGCAGCGCAGACGUUGCCACAAAGUCUCAUGGCUCAGGACCCUUUGCGUGCGAACCAGUUAUGGAACAUGAUUGAACGGCGACAGCAGGAUCAGGUCGCCUCACUCAUGCUGUCGAUCCCUGCCCGGCGCCCUUCGUUCAGCCUUAAUGAGCACCCUGGACAGGGUACUCCUAUGUCGAAUAUGCCCCAUGAUAUCGGCGCUACAUUGCCACAGAUCAACCACAACCCCACGCAGUCCGGAUCGUGA